AAGUGUCCCGGAAUUAUGUUUACUAUGUUACGUAUAGUCCAGGAGACCCAGGCUGCUCUUCCCUCCCUCUAUUCCUCCCUCUAUUCCUCCCUGAUGGAGAGUGUCAUUCAGUCUGUGACCUGUUGUAACGAUGCGUUACCUGAUUCUAUUCAUUCUGGUCUGCUCUGGAACUCUCCUGUCUAUUACGCUCAUAGACAACUACCAACACCAAAGAGAUGGGUUCUUGGACUCUGUCCAGAAGAGGUUGCAGUGCAGAAGACUGCGAGAAAAACUGGUGACCAUGACUACUAUGAAAAAAGUGGACAUUGCCCUUUUCUCUCAGGAGGUGAGAGAGCUAAUGAACUGUCCUUGGAGACUCAACCUCACACACAGAGAACUACACAGGACAGAGUUGUGGUCAUGCUGUAACGCUUCUGAUAGGCUGAUGGUGACCAGACAGAACACCAAUCAGAACCAGAGUCUGACUUAUGAUGCAGAGAAGUGGAGGAAGAGAAAGGUGGACCAAGCACUAUGGGAGAUGCUGCCUCAGACCGUACCCUGGAGUAAAGGUUCGUUGAGUCGUUGUGCCGUGGUGGGAAGUGGAGGAAUCCUGCAGAACAGCAGCUGUGGAGCGGAAAUAGACAAUGCUGACUAUGUCAUUAGGUUUAACCUGGCUCCUAUCAACAAGAGUUAUGACGUGGGAGUGAAGACAGACCUCAUAACAGCCAACCCUUCCCAGAUCAAUAAAGGAUACCCUGACCUCCAGCGGAACCCUGGACCCCUGGUGGAAGUCAUGUCAGUCUAUGGCCACGCCCAUCUGCUUCUCCACGCCUUCUCUUUUGGUUUUGGGACCUCCCCCUGCUUCAAGGUGUACCACGCCCUCCGUAAGGCCUGCACCCAACAGAAAGUGGUGUUCUUUCACCCAGACUACCUGCUUAAGCUGGACAAGUUCUGGCGUCGCCGUGGGCAACGAGCCCCACGGCUCUCUACUGGUAUGAUGCUGGCCAGCACUGCUCUGGAGAUCUGUGAACAGGUUCAUCUGUACGGCUUCUGGCCCUUCCCUCUGGAUCUAUCCCAAAAUACUUUGCCACAUCAUUACUAUGACAACGUUGGUCCAAGUCACUUCAUGCACGCCAUGCCUGAAGAGUUCCUGCUGUUACUACAACUCCACAGCCAGGGGGCGCUACAGCUACAUGUUGGACCCUGUACACUGACCCCUACACCCUAACCCAUACAACCUCUGUUACUACAACUCCAUAGCCAGGGGGCGCUACAGCUACAUGUUGGACCCUGUACACCCUAACAAGCAGAUGGUCAGGGGAUCAGAACAUAAUUAUAAUAAUUUGCACAGUGCAAAUUGACCACAACUAAGGCCAAAAAUAGGUUGUAUUUGAAAAUAACAAUCAUUUCAUACCUUGAUUACACUGAGACAUGAUAACGUAUCUCUUUUUUAAGCCCCAAAAAAUCUCACGGGCCGCCUGUUGCUGACCCCUGCCCUACACCCGAACCCCUUCAAAUAUAACCUACAUUUUUCUAUUAUUUGUUUUAUUUAGCCUUAUUUUAAUGGUGAGUUGACUGAGAAUACAUUCUCAUUUACAGCAACGAACUGUAACCCCAACACCACUACAACUCCAAAGCACUACAGCUACAUGUUGGACCCUGUACACUGACCCCUACACCCUAACCCAUACAACCUCUUACUACAACUCCACAGCCAGGGGGCGCUACAGCAACAUGUUGGACUCUGUACACUGACCCCUACACCCUAACCCAUACAACCUCUUACUACAACUCCACAACCAGGGGGCGCUACAGCUACAUGUUGGACCCUGUACACUGACCCCUACACCCUAACCCAUACAACCUCUUACUACAACUCCACAACCAGGGGGCGCUACAGCUACAUGUUGGACCCUGUACACUGACCCCUACACCCUAACCCAUACAACCUCUUACUACAACUCCACUGCCAGGGGGCACUACAGCUACAUGUUGGUACCCUGUAUACAGGCAUAAGCGACAUAAGCGGCCACCAGGGGGACCCCGAAACAAUAAUAAUAACUCAGUCGGGGUCUCAACUUGUUGAGAGUUAGAACAGUACAAUUUUUGUUAGGGCUUUAUUCAAUCCAUACUGUAGAAAUUCGGCAUUACAGCGUGAUUGAAAUUUCUCCCGCGUUAGCGGAGAUUGCAUUCACGGUAAACACUGCAGAUGUCGGUUCAAUAGGAAAUUAGCGAUACAGAUUCAAUAGAGACCUUAGUCUAGCCAGUUAUCUAAACUGGUAGUCAUCAUGGCCUAAUACCGAUCGGGCACGUGCCCUAGGGCCCUGACCUCCAAAGGGCCCCCAUUGACUUUGUUUGUCACUCCGAUAUCAUAAACAUGGCAUAAGUCAUUGCAAAAAAUAGAAUUGCAUGAAAUGUGUUAUAAAAUCCUAAAGUUUUAUCUCCGCCCCAUGACAAAAUGUGUAGAACUACAAAAAACUUGCUUUAAAACUGCAAUAUUUUCUCUCCGCCCCAUUGCAAAAUGUGUAGAACUGCAGAAAACUUGCAGGGGGCCCCCCAACCAAAUCUUGCUUAGGGCUGGCCCUGCCUGUACACCCUAACCCCUGGCCUACACCCUAACCCCUUCACCAUAACUCCUACACCCUAACCCCUGUUAAUACAACUCCACAGCCAGGGGGUAAUACAGCUACAUGUAGGACUCUGUCUUUAACAUAUAUCCUAAAGAGUUAUUUAUACAUUGUUAUUAGUAUGCUGUGGUUUUAUAUUUUAUGGAAAACAUUAAAAUGUUAUACUACUUUUUGGAUUUCCUUCCUGUAUGGUUUUAAUUAAUU